CAAAAAAAAACCUAACAUAACACCAAUAAAUUAUAACCUAAGUAUUUGGGAAUUGGGAUAUAAAAGGGAUUCUGCUGUUACCAAUCUAUUUCACUCAGCAGCCGCAGCACUGAAAACCCUAGAGAAGAGCGUGCAAGUCCCGGCUACCCACCCACCAUGACAUUCAAGCGCAGGAAUGGCGGUCGCAACAAACACGGCCGCGGCCACGUCAAAUUCAUUCGAUGCUCCAACUGCGGCAAAUGCUGCCCUAAGGACAAGGCUAUCAAGAGGUUUUUGGUGAGGAACAUUGUUGAACAGGCUGCAGUCAGAGAUGUGCAGGAAGCCUGUGUCUAUGAACAAUACACUCUUCCCAAACUGUAUGUGAAGAUGCAGUACUGUGUUUCCUGUGCUAUCCACUCUCAUGUUGUGAGGGUUCGAUCCCGCACUGACAGGAGGAAGCGUGAUCCUCCACAGCGAUUCAUCAGGCGCAGGGAUGAUGCACCAAGGCCUGGUCAGCCUGGUCAAGCACCUCGUCCUGCUGGGGUAGGAGCUCCUGCUCGAACCUAAAAGCAAAUCCCAAGAAAAGCCUUGUUGUUAUGCUGGAUCAAUUUUAUAAGAUAAACUUUUCUUUGUUGUUUAACUUUGAAAAUAUCAGUUUUGUGGAGAGGAUUUGUUCUAGUUAUCUGCUUUAAGUCUUUGGAUGAUAUCUUCUAGUUAUAAUUUGGCGGCUUUAAUGAAAGUGGAACCCGAUAUAUUAUUAUUUUCAGCAAUUUGAGAAUGAUAUCUCCAGCGUAA